UAGCAAUAUUUUCCCUGUGGCGUAAAGCAAAAAUAAAAGGGAACAGCAAUAUAAUUACCCCCCAAAGGCAAAGGGACAAUAAUAAUCAGAAAAGAGCACCACACACACACACCACUCUCUCUUACUCAUUCGACACCACCACGCGCCGGCUGUUGUACAGUUCCGGCGAACAUGAGCGAAGACGCCAAAAGAACGGGAGUUGCUCAGCCGUCCUCCGAUGAUCGGAGAAGUUCCUCGGGUUCCGUUCCUUCGAAAGUAACCAUCAAAAGUGCCGAUAUGAAACCUGAUGUCCAAAAGGAAGCUGUCGACAUUGCUAUUGCUGCAUUUGAGAAGCAUAGUGUAGAGAAGGAUGUAGCUGAAGCGAUUAAGAAGGAAUUUGAUAAGAAGUACGGUCCUACUUGGCAUUGCAUUGUUGGUAAAAACUUCGGCUCUUACGUGACUCAUGAAACGAAUCACUUUGUCUACUUCUAUUUGGAUUCAAAAGCUGUACUUCUGUUCAAAUCUGGGUGAACUUGGUGUUGACAUUGACGGAGACACUGAUGGGAGUUAACUCAGAUGAUGAUGCUAUAUUUUGCCGUUGUACGUAUUCAAUUGAAAAUUCCAAGCUGCGAUGAUUUGGCGGAAAAUUCAGUUGUACCUUGUAUAUUUCUGCUUUUACAUUGUGUAAACAAUUCUAAACUUGGUCAAAGUUCUCUAAGUUGUUCGUUAA